AUGCUCCUCCCCAAGGGCAGCGGCAUCACAUGGAAGAGCGCUCGCGCUCGACUACCCCCCAGCCGCGCCAUCUGGAAUUUCCUGGUCCGCACGCGAUUUCUCUUAUUCGUUGCCAUAGCCGGCAUAAUAUUAUUAAUAUGGAAUGGCACAAGAGGGCUGAAUAGCGAAUGGCAAAGAUUCUACUGCUUUGGGCCUGCGAAAUCGCCUAUGCACAUGUCCGCGAAUGAGCAGGCACAAUGGGCAGCACAUCUUCAGACACCUGUCAUCUUCAACCACCACGAACCCAUUGAGGUCAAUAGCUCCUCCAUAAAACACGUUGACCUCAACCCGAUUCACUCGACUCCCAAGGCCGUCGCCAACGAAGAGAGGGUUCUCAUUCUCACACCGCUUCGAAAUGCCGCGCCAUACAUUGAGCAGCAUUUUGACCUGCUCUCGCAACUCACCUAUCCGCACCGACUGAUCGAUCUCGCCUUCUUGGUCGGAGAUAGCGAUGAUGACACCCUGGCGGUACUCUCAAUGGAGCUGGACAGGAUACAGUCGCGGACCGACAACAUCCCCUUCAACAGCGCCCUGAUUGUGGAGAAAGAUUUUGGAGUGACGGUUGGUCAGAAUGUGGAGGACAGACAUGGCUUCGCUGCUCAGGGACCACGAAGAAAAGCCAUGGGCAAGGCAAGAAAUUACCUGCUAUAUUCUGCGCUCAAACCAGAGCAUAGCUGGGUAUACUGGCGAGAUGUCGACAUCAAGGACAGCCCCAGUAAGAUUAUUGAGGACUUUGUCGCACAUGAUCGCGAUGUGCUCGUACCCAACGUCUGGUUCCAUCGAUAUGUUGACGGACACGACAUAGAAGGUCGUUUCGACUACAAUUCAUGGCAAGAGUCGGAACAAGGGCUCAAGCUCGCAGCAUCGCUGAGCAAGGAUGUCGUCCUUGCUGAAGGCUACAAGGAGUACAACACAGGUCGCAAAUACAUGGCGCGCAUGGGUGAUUGGCGGGACAACAAGGACGUCGAGAUCCCGCUUGAUGGAAUUGGUGGAGUCAACAUCAUUGUGAAAGCGGAUGUCCACAGAGCAGGCAUCAACUUCCCAUGCUAUGCCUUCGAGAACCAAGCCGAAACAGAAGGCUUCGCGAAGAUGGCCAAGCGUGCAGGGUACGGAGUUUAUGGUUUACCGAACUAUGUCGUUUGGCAUAUCGAUACAGAAGAGAAGCCCGGUAAUGGUUAA